AUGGCGACAGAUCCUAGUCGAGCAUCGCAACCGCAAAUUACUUCACUCUUAGAAGUAGGAACGUCAUUGUAUAGUCAAACAAAUCCAACCCCAGUAAACCCCUCAGCAACUACUCACGGUGGUAGGGUUGUGCCAAAUGGCGGACUCCAAAAUAAUUCACCAUCAGAAUCAAUCUCACCUGGAUUAAUUGUUGGAUUAGGAAUAGCAGGAAUUUUAGUGGUCGGCUUAAUAGCAUUUUUCGUAAGAAAGCGAUUAAAAGCAUUAAAUUAUAAUAAACAUAGAAGCUUCUUGAAUGAUGAUUUUAAUGAAAUGUUUAAUGUUGGGUCAACAGAGCAACAUACUGCAAAUUCUAAUGCCAAUAGCGUUCAGAAUGUUGAUCCUAAUAUCAACAGAUCAAAUAGUAGACCAUUAAAUAACAUGACGUCUAGUCCUACUAAUAUGCCGUUAACGAAUAAUAAUAGGGGUGGCGAAAGAGCUCAUAUGACGUCGACGUCGAGAAUGAAUAAUAAUAGAGGUGGCGGAGGUGUUUAUAAUUCUAAUAAUAGCGGGUCAAAUAGACCUUGGCCGAAUAAUCAUAGAGGUGGUGAGGGUGUUCAUAAUUUUAAUAACCGAUCAAAUGAUAUAUCUAUAAUAAACAAUCGAGUUAAUGUCUCCUCACCACUAGCCUCACCUCCUCUAACUUCAAUGAGUAAUGCUUAUGGUAGCAAAGUAUCAGAAGUGACAACACCUUAUCAUCCAGCUAUCUCCGUUGAGCAACCGUCUUUCGGCAGACCACCACCUUUGGGAACACCGUAUGUGCAUGGAGUAUCAUUGCCACCACCGCCUACUUUAUUGCCAGAAAAUAACAUGGGAGGAUAUGGUGCAGAAAUUAGGAGUAAUAAUAUUAAUAUAAUACCUUCAUCUUCACAUCAACAAUAUCAACAGUAUAAUUCAGCUGGCAUUAAUACUCUUCCACCACACAAUUAUUAUAAUGUGAAAAACGAUCCAACAUUUUCAAAAUUUAACAAUGAACAGUUUGUAACAAGUGAUGAAAGUAAAGAACCUUCUAAUGUAAAUAGAAAUAUUACUGUAAACCGUGUUGAAGGUAUACCACGAAGGGAAAAUACCUUAGGUGGAAAAUCUUUUGGAAGUUUUGAUUAUGGCGAUUAUG